AUGCUAUCCUCCCUUACAUCUUCUCUACACCUCAUUCAUCAACAAGAUCUAGAUCCCCGCAACUCAAAAUGGCCGGUCACAACGCUUGUCCCUCCUGUGGUGCUUCCAUCUCGGGUGAGAAUAAGACUUGCUCUUCUUGUGGAAAGACUUGCCCUGUUUGAAUUCCUGCGCGAACUCGCUAGGGUGGUGGACUGUGGAGUUUGUUUGCAGAUGGGAGAGGCGGCACCGUGCAUGAUGUUAUGA